AUGCUGCGUCUCGGAGUCAAGCAUAUAUUUGGAUACCCUGGUGGUGCUAUCUUGCCCGUUUUUGAUGCCAUCUACAACUCAACACAUUUCGACUUCGUCCUUCCCCGACAUGAACAAGGUGCCGGCCACAUGGCUGAGGGAUACGCCAGGGCCACAGGCAAACCUGGUGUUGUCCUUGUCACCUCUGGCCCCGGAGCCACCAAUGUCAUCACCCCGAUGCAAGACGCCCUUUCAGAUGGCACUCCCAUGGUUGUCUUCUGCGGACAGGUCCCCACCACCUCCAUUGGUACAGAUGCUUUCCAGGAGGCUGACGUUAUUGGCAUCUCGAGAGCUUGCACAAAAUGGAAUGUCAUGGUAAAAAACGUCGCAGAGCUUCCUAGGCGCAUCAAGGAAGCGUUCGAAAUUGCUACUAGCGGACGACCAGGACCGGUCUUGGUUGAUCUACCCAAGGAUGUCACUGGUGGUAUCCUUCGAAAAGCCAUUCCAAUGGCUUCCAGCAUACCAGCACACCCCAGUGCAGCUUCCAUUGCAGCUCGUGAACUUAGUCGGCAACAGCUAGAGGCUUCCAUACAACGUGUAGCUAAGCUGGUAAAUGUGUCUAAGAAACCAGUCCUUUAUGUCGGCCAGGGUCUCAGUGCUCGCCCUGAGGGACCAGCUCUGCUGAAGGAGCUAGCUGAUAAGGCUAAUAUCCCUGUCACCACAACCCUGCAAGGACUGGGCGGAUUUGAUGAGCUAGAUCCAAAAUCCCUGCACAUGCUCGGAAUGCACGGCUCUGCCUAUGCUAACAUGGCCAUGCAAGAGGCUGAUCUUAUCAUUGCCUUGGGUGCCCGCUUCGAUGACCGUGUUACCGGAAACAUUGCCAAGUUCGCCCCACAGGCCAAGGCAGCUGCUCUCGAAGGUCGUGGUGGUAUCGUACAUUUCGAAGUGAUGCCCAAGAACAUCAACAAAGUUGUUGAAGCCACUGAAGCCGUCGAAGGCGACUGUGCCGAUAACCUUGCCAUUCUCCUCCCUCACAUUAACCCAGUCGCUGAACGACCAGAGUGGUUCGCACAGAUCAAUGACUGGAAAGCUCGCUUCCCGCUCUCAGCCUAUGAUCGACAGACAGCUAAUGGUCUCAUCAAACCACAGGCCGUCAUCGAGAAACUCAGUGAGAUGACUGCCCACCGAAAGGACAAGACCGUCAUCACCACUGGUGUCGGUCAGCACCAAAUGUGGGCUGCCCAGCACUUCCGCUGGCGCCAUCCACGCUCAAUGAUCACCUCUGGUGGAUUGGGAACCAUGGGUUAUGGCCUGCCAUCUGCCAUUGGCGCCAAGGUUGCCCGACCAGAUGCCCUUGUUAUUGACAUUGAUGGAGACGCCUCUUUUAACAUGACUCUCACUGAACUCUCGACUGCUGCCCAGUUCAACAUUGGCGUCAAAGUCAUUGUUCUCAACAACGAAGAGCAGGGCAUGGUCACACAAUGGCAGAGCUUGUUCUAUGAGGACAGGUUUGCGCAUACACACCAGAAGAAUCCGGAUUUCGUCAAGGUUUCCGAGGCUAUGGGUGUCCAGGCCAGGCGAUGUCUUACUCCUGACCAGGUAGAGUCGAGUCUGCAAUGGCUGAUAAAUAGCGAAGGCCCUGCAUUGUUGGAAAUAGCGACUGACAAGAAGGUGCCUGUCCUACCAAUGGUGCCUGCUGGAAAGGCCCUACAUGAGUUCUUGGUAUAUGAUGAAGCCAAAGAAAAGGAACGAAGAGCCUUGAUGAAGAAGCGAUCUGGAUAUUAA